GGAAUCGAACCCGGGACCCUUUGGUCCACAGGCCGACGCUCUAUGCAUUGAGCCAAACCGGCAAGCGCUGUGUUGCGUUUCUUCAAACACAAAGUAUAUAGGGGUCUGCCCUCAGCCCACCCCACUCCCCCAAUCUAUCCCCCCACAGUCCGGUCCAUGCCAACUUGGUGGUCAAGCAGCCCCCAUGGGUGGGGGGCGUGGGCUGCGAGGGGCUGCGGGUGCCCGGCCCAAACCCAGCCCUGGGGUGUGAUGGCUGGAGCUCCAGCAACCAUGUUGUGACCCGGAGGCAAUCUCAAGGACAGAAGUCACGCACUGAGUGUGGUGGAGCAGAAAGAAGCCCGAGGCAUCAGGGACGACAGGAAAGUGCCACACUAGCCCUGGACUGUCUACCCAUGAAUGGGCGGAUGUUUCCCUGGAGGAAGGUCUCUCGUGUUGUGCCGCCAGCUCUGUUCCCAGUCUUGUCCGGGACAGCCUAUGGUCUUGAAUGAAGAUACAAACGGACCUCAUGUAGGCUUGGUUCUGUCACUCAGCAGUAUGUCUUCACUCGUGCCUUUAAUCUUUUCUAAUCAGGAUGAAUUCCCAUCAGGGGAACCGCUGGGCCAGGGCACGCUGAGGCUGUCCUGAAGUCCUGCCCCAGGGGGUCCCCAGAGGCUCCAUCGUGCGCUGCCUCUCUGCACACCCAUGGACGGAUGAGCAAACGGGUCCAGAAAAGGCCAGCGGCCUGUCGGGGUCACAGAGCCCAUCACGCCGGCUGAGCCAGCUUCACCCCUUCGUAGGCCAGCCCGGCACCUCUGGCACAUCGCUUAGCUCCCCGUGCCCACCACUCCCACCCUGCGCUGGCCCUGGCUCCAGGAGAAGGCCUCUGACUGGUCAGAGGUCCCUUUGACAUGGAGCAGGGUUCCUGGGGGCUUGAGGGCACCACCCCCGCCUGGCACCCUCACGCUCAGGGCAGCCCUCCUGGAAGAAACGAGCCAUCGAGCCCCCAGACUCAGAGGUGGCAGUGGCAACAGCAGCUGUGGCCCCAGACAGAGCCAGAGGGACCCCAGCUCUGCCCUUUGUAGCCAUGUGACUGGGGACACCCGCUCGCCACUCCGUUGCCUCAUCAACCAAGCGAGUCCGUAACACCUGCAUUGCCGCAUGGCUGUGAGCUGUGACCCAGCCGGGCCCCAGCAGUGCCAGGCCCCAGGUGGCAGGCUUAGCGUGCACAUGGGUGCUGCACGAAGCGUGUCUGUGGGUGUGAUUCGAGCCUCGCCACGUCUUCACACCCCCCGAGGCACAGAAGCCAGAGCUGGGGCUCAGAGACGGACAGUGAGUGACACAGCUCACCGACCGGUCCCCUGAGGCUGGAAGCCGUGGAGGAUGCGGAACAGUAGAUCUUGGCACUUCUCCCAAACACAUGAAGCCAGACACUGGGGACCGCCCAGCCCAGCUGGAGGGCUUCGAGCAUGAAGUAGCUGUUAGGACAGGGUGCUGACGCCAACCCGAGCGGCCAGGGCUCUGCUAAUUAGACGGAGGGCAGGAGAUGGGACGGAUCACCUCCCGCCGCUUGUCGUCCCCACCCCUUCCUGGGCCAGCCGCACCGAACCGGCGGAAGCCCUGAUGCCUGUUCAGAAAGACCAGACAGUCGCCAGCGCCCAGCUGGGAGGUGUCAGUGGCAUUGCCCAAGACUCCUCGGAGCCACCGGGACUGUUUCUGUCGGAGGAGACACUGCAGCCCGGGCUCUGGGACAGAGGAGGCGUCAGCCGGACGUGAAGAGCUACGAUGGCCGUGAACAAGAGCCCCACCCUGAUGGACGGAGACUGCCCCGAGCAGGAGAACGUGCUGCAGCGCGUCCUGCAGCUGCCCGUGGUGAGCGGCACCUGCGAGUGCGUCCAGAAGACCUACACCAGCACCAAGGAGGCCCACCCGCUGGUGGCCUCCGUGUGCAACGCCUACGAGAAGGGCGUGCAGGGCGCCAGCAGCCUGGCCGCCUGGGGCAUGGAGCCCGUGGUCCGCAGGCUGUCCACCCAGUUCACAGCUGCGAAUGAGCUGGCCUGCCGAGGCCUGGACCACCUGGAGGAGAAGAUCCCGGCCCUCCAGUACCCCCCUGAGAAGAUCGCCUCCGAGCUGAAGGGCACCAUCUCCACCCGCCUCCGCAGCGCCCGGAACAGCAUCAGCGUGCCCAUCACCAGCACGUCGGACAAGGUCCUGGGGGCCGCCCUGGCCAGCUGUGAGCUCGCCUUGGGGGUGGCCAAAGACACUGCGGAGUACGCCGCCAAAACCCGAGUGGGCCGGCUGGCCUCCGGGGGCGCCGAGCUGGCCGUGGGCGGUAUGGAGAAAGUGGUGGACUUCCUCAUCCCUCCAGCCAAGGACGAGUCAGCCCCCGCUCCAGGACGCCAGCAGGCCCAGAAGCCUCCUAAGACCAAUCGCAGCCUCAUGAGCCGGGUGGGGAACCUGGCCAACACCGUCUCUCAGCACACCUUCCAGACCACAAAGCAGGUGCUGAAGCAGGGCCACGCCCUGGCCAUGUGGAUCCCCGGGGUGGCGCCCCUGAGCAGCCUGCACGAUGACCAGACAGACAGCAAGGGGGACGAGGCCAAGGAGAAGGAGAAGGAGGACUCGGACUCGGAGACCGAGGAGCAGCUCAGCGAGGCAGGAGACCUGGCACGCCCCCAGGGCCUCCUGGGCAGCGCGGUGCACACCCUGCAGAAGGCUGUCCAGGGCACCAUCUCGGUCAUGCUGUGGGCGCCCACCGCUGUGCUGGGCACGGCAGGGAGGAUGCUGCACCUCACAUCGGCCCCCGCUGCCACCUCGACCAAGAGCAGGGCCAUGUCGCUGUCAGACGCCCUGAAGGGGGUCACGGACAACGUGGUGGACACGGUGGUGCACUACGUGCCGCUCCCCAGAUUGUCCCUGAUCAGGGUCAGCGACAGCUUCUUCCGGCCCAGCCACAUGGAGCCCAUCCUGGGCCGCGCGCAGUACAACCAGCUGCGCAAGAAGAGCUGAGCGCCCGGCCAUCCGCGCCGCCCCGGGAGCCCGCGUCGCCAGCCAGUAAGAACCCCGCAUCCGACAGUGUGGACUUCUUCAAAGCAGCCCCUGGCACCGGAGCCCCGCACCCCAUCUUUUGAGCAUCCUUUGGGGGCUCAGUCUGCAGUCAAUUUUUAAGAAAAAUCAAAUCAAACCUGCUUUGAUUCUCUUUGGUUUGGUUUGUCAUUCCUCACCUGAGGAUAUAUUUUUCCAUUGAUUUUUAGGGAGAGUAGAAAAGAGAGAG